AUGAGGGGGGGACAAACCGAGGCUCUUCCCGGGAAUAACGACCCCCCCAAAAGGCUCAUCCCUGACGGAUCAGGGGCUGCUGCUGAGAGAGAUUUUCUCCUUCAGCUCCUCAACAGCAAGGUGGUGAACGACCUGCUGCUGCUGGAGACGGUGCUGGACGCGCUGACGGGGCGGCAGAAGGACUCCUGCCUCCUGGUGCGGGUGCUGGCGCUGCGGGGGCUCGGGAACGUCGCCUCGGGAUCCCCGGAGAAGGUCAGGAAGCACGGCCCCACCCUCCUGGCCUCCAUGGUGGGGGGCAUGGACGACAAGGACGACCCCCACAACCUGGUGGCCCUGGAGGCCAUGUCCAGCCUGUCCAAGCUGCUGGAUCACCUGGAGCAGAGGGACAUCCAGUCCAUGCUGCUGCACGUGGCCAUCCGCAUCCGCCCCUUCUUCGACAGCGAGCAGCCCGAGCUGCGCCGCUCGUCCAUCGCGCUCUUCGGGAGCCUCUCGCGCUUCGGGGGCUCCGAGGGCGAAGCGUUCCUGGAGCAGGUGCUCAACGGGCUGGUCACGCUGCUGCUGCACCUGCAGGACCCCCAGCCCGACGUGGUCAAGGCCUGCAAGUUCGCCCUGCGGCUGUGCGGGCCCAGCAUGGGCUGCGAGGGGCUGCGGGACAUGUUCCUGAACCACCUGCACCACGACAGGGGGCUGCACUUCGGGGAGUUCAUCAACAACGUCUGCAAGCACCUGGGCCUUCCCCGCGGUGCCCCGCAGUGCAGAGGAGGCUACCCGAGGAUGCUGAACCGCCUCAUCUCCACCAACCUCUUCUACUUCAAGAGCCCCUGGGGGGACAUUCGGGCGGCCGCCCCCAUGUUCAUCGGCUUCCUGGUGCUGCACGUGGAGGAGGAGCACUGCCAGCAGGUGGACCUGGACCAGCUCAUUUCGGCCCUGAAGCUGCUGCUCAAGGACCCCGUUCCUGCCGUGAGAAUCAAGGUGGCCGAGACCCUGGGCAGGCUGGUGCGGAUCCUGUGAGCCCUGUGGAGCCCUGGAUCUGAUCCUGGGAGCCCUGGAGAGCCCCUGAGUCUGAUCCUGAGAGCCCCUGGAUCCGAUCCUGAGACCCCUGGAGAGCCCCUGCGUCCUGGGAGCCCUGGAGAGUCCUGGAUCCAACCCUGAGAGCCCCUGGAUCUGAUCCUGAGAGCCCUGGAGAGCCCUGGAUCCGAUCCUGAGAGCCCCUGGAUCCAAUCCUGAGAGCCCUGGGAGCCCUGGAUCCGAUCCUGAGAGCCCUGUGGAGCCCCUGGAUCCUGGGAGCCCUGGAGACUCCUGGAUCCAACCCUGAGAGCCCCUGGAGACUCCUGAAUCCAAUCCUGGGAGCCCUGGAGAGCCCUGGAUCCAACCCUGAGAGCCCCUGGAUCCAAUCCUGAGAGCCCUGGAGAGCCCUGGAUCCUGAGAGCCCUGGAGAGCUCCUGGAUCCAACCCUGAGAGCCCCUGGAUCUGAUCCUGAGAGCCCUGAGUCCGAUCCUGAGAGCCCUGGAUCUGAUCCUGAGACCCCUGGAGAGCCCUGGAUCCGAUCCUGAGACCUCUGGAGAGCCCUGGGUCUGAUCCUGACACCUCUGGAGAGCCCUGGGUCUGAUCCUGAGAGCCCUGGAUCUGAUCCUGACACCCCUGGGGAGUCUUGGAUCCAGUCCUGAGAGCCCCAUGAUCUGAUCCUGAGAGCCCUGGAUCCAAUCCUGAGAGCCCCUGGAGAGCCCUGGAUCCGAUCCUGAGAGCCCUGGAUCCGAUCCUGUGAGCCCUGCAGAGCCCCUGGAUCCUGGGAGCCCUGGGGAGCCCCUAGAUCCUGGGACCUCCUGAAUCCAAUCCUGUGAGCCUUGGAUGCAAUCCUGGGAGCCCUGGAGACCCCUGGAUCCCAUCCUGUGAGCCCUGGAUCUGAUCCUGUGAGCCCUGGAGACUCCUGGAUCUGAUCCUGGGACCUCCUGGGUCUGAUCCUGGGACCUCCUGGUCCAGAGACCCCCCAGAUCAGAUCCUGUGAGCCCUGGAGAUCCCCCAGGUCAGAUCCUGGAGACCCCCCAGGUCAGAUCCUGGAGACCCCCCAGGUCAGAUCCUGGAGACCCCCCAGGUCAGAUCCUGGAGACCCCCAGCCCUGGGGACCCCCCGGGUCAGAUCCUGUGAGCUCUGGGGACCCCCCCAGGUCAGAUCCUGGAGACCCCCAGCCCUGGAGACCCCCCAGGUCAGAUCCUGGAGACCCCCAGGUCAGAUCCAGUGAGCCCUGGAGACCCCCCCAGGUCAGAUCCUGGAGAUCCCCCAGCUCUGGGGACCCCCCAGGUCAGAUCCAGUGAGCCCUGGGGACCCCCCAGGUCGGAUCCUGAGAGACCCCCUGGGUCAGAUCCUGUGAGCCCUGGGGACCCCCCAGGUCGGAUCCUGAGAGACCCCCCAGCUUGGAUCCUGUGAGCCCUGGGGACCCCCCAGGUCAGAUCCAGUGAGCCCUGGGGACCCCCCAUCUCCAUCCACAGCAAUACUGGGGGGGUCCCUCCCCACCACAGGACCCCCCCCCGGGCCCUUCCACGUCUUCCUGCGCUCCCUGCCCGGCUCCCUCGGCCCCCUCGGGGUGGGGGGCACGGGGUGGGGGGCACACGAGGGGCACAGCCCCUGUUUGGGGUCUCUGGGAUGGGUGGGGAAGGGGCUGCACCUCGACCUGGAGCCCUGGGCUGGCCCCAUCCUGGAACCCCCCCUGAGCAGGAUGGAUCCUGACCCCCCCUCCCUGCUGCUUCCAGCACCCCCCAAUGCUGAACAGGGUCCUGCCCCCCCCGGGGGGGCUCUGGGAUGGGGGGGAAAGGGGGUCCAGCUUGCCCUGGAGCCCUGGGCUGGCCCCAUCCUGGGACCCCCCUG